AUUUUCAAAGAUGAUGGCUUUAAGCAUAGUGCAAUUACUGGUUAGAAAUUGACAUUUGAAGAUUAAGCAAACAGUUUUGUAUAUGAAAGAGUAAACUCUUUUCUUUCCUCUUGUCUGAAACUAAGCCUCAUUGAGUUUAUACUUUAUACAAAAUGAGAAUAUCACUUAAUCUUCUUCCCUUUUUCCUUUUAAUCCUUCAUCACUACUCCAAUGGCCAAAAUUUGCCAAAUAUUAGCACAGGCUCUACUUUUACUGCUGGAGACAAUGUUUCUUUGUUAUCAUCAUCCGAGGACUUUGCAUUCGGAUUUUAUCGUGUUUCAGCUACUCUUUUCCUAGUUGGAAUUUGGUUCAACAAAAUCCAGGAAAGAACACUCAUCUGGUCAUCAAAUCGCGACAGUCCAGCAGAAACUGGAUCCACUAUUAGUCUAACAAGUAGUGGCCAGCUUGUGCUCAAUUAUGCAAAUAGCACUGUCCAACAGAUUUACAGUGGGAAUGCAAAGUGGGGAAUCAUGCAAGACGAUGGAAAUCUUGUCUUGAGAGACUCCAGUUUAGGAAAUGUUUGGGAGAGCUUUAACUUUCCUACUGAUACACUCUUGCCAGAGCAAACUUUAUUAUCAAAAGGAAAACUCUACUCCAAUGCAAAUUCAAGUGAGAAUUCCAAGUACUAUACAGGGAAAUUCAUGCUAGAAAUGCAAUAUGAUGGAAAAUUGGUAUUAUCUGCCUAUCGUUUCGGGGACCCAGGGUAUUGGCUAAGCAGUCAAGAUCAAAAAGGAAAUGGUGAUGUGAAUCUAGUUUUCAACAAGAGCAAUGCAUUGUUGUAUCUUGAGAAAGGCCAUAAUAACACAAUUUAUUCUUUUUCAUCGAGUGUCCCGGCCCCAGUUGAAGACUACUAUCACCGUGCAACUCUAGACAGUUUUGGAAACUUCCAGCAGUAUGCUUAUCAUAAGACUAAUGAUAGCAAUUGGAUUAGAGUAUGGAAGAUCCCUUCAGAGCCAUGUAUGGUGAAUGCUGUUUGUGGGGCUUAUGGAUUCUGCAGCUCAAAUGACAAUGAAACAGUAAAUUGUGACUGUCUUCCGGGCUAUAUUCUCUUCGAUCAAGGUAAUCCCAGCAACGGAUGUCAUCCUAAAACAAUGGUCAACUUCUGUGCAAAUCUAUCUGCAGGAAAUUUCAGGGUGCAGGCUAUUAAGGAUAGUGACAUACCUUACCCGGAGAUUGGGGAUUAUGAACAUUAUUUUGACACGGACGAGGAGGGAUGCAUGAAGCUUGUCAAGGAAGAUUGUUAUGCCAUGGCAGCUACUCUAGUCAAUAGGACAUGUUCCAAGAAGAGGACUCCUAUACUCAACGCCCGUAAAACUUCUAUGACAAAAGGUAGCAUUUCCUUCAUCAAGGUUCCCAUGAAGUCAGCAAAAGUUGGCCAAUCGAGAAAGAAGAAAUCCAACACCAGAGCUCAACUCACCGCUGGCCUUAUAAGCAGCAGCUCCCUUGCUGUCUUAUUUGGAGCCUUGGCUCUUUACUAUCAUCCUUCUCCUCGGAGGCUCAUACGACGUAAAUGGCAGCCUGAUUUAUCAAGAAUAGGGAUCAAUUUCCGUGAGUUCACAUACAAAGAAUUGCAUGAAGCAACAAAUGGCUUCAGCAAGCUACUUGGAAAAGGAGCUUCUGGGAAUGUUUACUCUGGGAUUCUGAACUUAAAGGACAUUCAAGUAGAGAUUGCAGUAAAACGAUUGGAGGAAGUUGCAGAGCCAAGUGAGAAGGCAUUCAUGACAGAGCUAAAAAUCAUAGGUAGAACUCAUCACAAGAAUUUGGUAAAGCUAUUGGGAUUUGGUAUUGAUGAUAAUCACUUUCUUUUGGUUUACGAGCUGAUGAAGAAUGGAGCGUUAUCAGAUUUUUUGUUCAAGGAAGGAAUGCUGCCUACUUGGAGUCACAGAUCAGAAAUGGCACUAGGAAUUGCAAGAGGACUGCUAUAUUUACAUGAAGAAUGUGAUACUCCAAUCAUCCACUGUGACAUAAAGCCUCAAAACGUACUGCUAGACAACAAAUACAAUGCCAAGAUUUCAGAUUUUGGGCUAUCAAAACUCUUGAAGAUGGAUCAAACAAGAACAGACACUUGCGCAAGAGGGACAGUGGGAUACUUGGCACCAGAAUGGCUAAAGAAUGCACCAAUAACACCCAAAGUAGACAUUUUUAGCUUUGGUGUAAUGUUACUGGAGAUUACAUGUGGCAGAAGGCAUAUUGAGCUGAACAGGAUAGAGCAGGAGGACGAAGACGACGAAGGAGAUGAUUUACUGCUUAUAAAUUGGGCUGCAGGCUGCACGAGAAGUGGUAGAAUAGACAAACUUGCAAGAGGUGAUCCGGAAGUUUUGAAUGAUAUUACAAGAUUUGAAAGAUUUAUCAUGGUGGGAUUGUGGUGUAUCCACCCUAAUCCAAUUAUUAGACCUUCAAUGAAGAUGGUAACACAAAUGCUUGAGGGAACAAUUAAGGUUGCAGUUCCUUCACUGAUAGAUUCGUAAAUGUGGAAUGUUCUGCUGGAAGAGUGAAGUUGUUAUUGUUUCUUUUUCUUUCUUUUGAAUGGAUGACUUCAAUGACUUUUCCUGAACACUACAUAAUGUACUGGUAUACUUGUAACUCUUCUAA